AUGUCAUCGUCUGUUCAUUUCAAAUUCAAGUCCCAAAAGGAACCCUCAAGAGUCACGUUCGAUGGCACUGGUAUUUCAGUCUUCGAGCUCAAACGAGAGAUCAUCAGCCAGAGUAGAUUGGGCGAUGGAUCUGACUUUGAGCUGUCCAUCUACAACGAGGACACUGGGGAGGAGUACGACGAUGACACUACCAUUAUCCCUCGGUCGACGUCCGUGAUCGCCCGCCGGCUGCCUGCCGCGCGUCCCGGCAAGGGUGGCGCCGCUCGUUAUGUUUCGGGCAAGAUGCCUGUUAAUGCUCGCAAUGCCCGCAAUGAACCGUCCACCGUUGGACGAUCGGCCUCGGGUGGUGGUAUCAGCAACAACGUGCUCGAGCUCAACAAUGCACAGACGGAAGAAGAGAAGAUCAAUGCCCUUUUCAACCUGCAGGCCAGUCAAUGGAAAGAGCAGCAACAGGAAAUGGCCAAUGCGACUCCCGUGCCGUUUGGGCGUGGCAGAGGCAAACCAGUCAACAUCCCAGAUCACCCUCCACCUCCGGGGUAUCUGUGCUACCGGUGCAGAGAAAAAGGUACGUUGAAUCUUAUUGAAAAACAGCAGGUCACUAACCGCGGGAAUCAAUCAGGUCAUUGGAUACAAGCAUGCCCGACCAACAACGACCCAAAGUUCGACGGCAAAUACCGAGUCAAGCGUUCCACAGGUAUCCCGCGUUCACUUCAAACCAAAGUCGAGAAACCAGAAUCAUUGGCUCCUGAUGGCUCCACUGAUGACUCGAGGAACACGGGGGUCAUGGUCAAUGCCGAUGGGGAUUUUGUGGUUGCAAGACCGGACAAGGCCGCUUGGGAACUGUACCAGGAAAAGGCCAAGGCAUCUGCGGCGGCGGCAGCGGAGGCAGCUGCAGCGGAGGAAAGCAAGGCACUGCAGGCGCGAGGUCUGGAGUGUCCCAUUGACAAGAGGAUGUUAUUAGAGCCGACAAAAACACCAUGCUGCCAGAGGACCUAUUGCAAUGAUUGUAUCACAAAUGCCUUGAUUGAAAGUGACUUUGUUUGCCCGGGUUGUGGAACGGAGGGUGUCCUCCUCGAUAAUCUCACCCCGGAUGACGAGGCCGUCUCCAACAUCAAGGCGUACGAAGCUGAGAAGGCCGAUGCAAAGAAAGAGAAGGAAAAGCAGCCUGCUGGCCAGGACGGCUUGUUUGCCAACGAAGCCUCUGAAGUCGCGCCCCAAGGAUCCCCAGUAUCCAAAGAGCCACAGCCCACCCAAGCCUCUGAGAGUGCAGCGACCCAAUCGAAGAAGAGACCAGCCGAGGAUGAAGCCCAACAUGACACGGGAAGGUCGAGCCCCGGAAAUAUGGCCAAGAAGCAGAAGGCUGGUGAUGGACAAAUUGAUGCGCCGAAUGUUGAUGCUUCGGUACCAGAGGGAGCGACAAACGCUGCUCAGAUGCCCUUCAAUCCCCAGAUGCCGUUUGGUCCCAUGGGAAUGCAGGGCAUGCCCCCUGUGCCCUUUUCCGGACCAGGGUUCGGGAAUGAUGCGAUGGGAUUCAUGAACCCGAUGUUCGCCAAUGGCAUGGGCCCCGGGUGGAACCCGAUGAACAUGCCCUUUAAUCCCCUUCCGGCCGGGAUGUUUGGCGAUGGCUCCAUGCCGAAUGGAUUUCCCAACAUGUACAAUGGCGACGGGUCGAUGCCGAUGUUUCCGAUGACGCAGGGACCCGGUGCGAUGGCCCCCAACCCCGGCUUCCAGGGACCGGGCGUCAAUAAUUUCUCCAACCAACAACGGACGGCCUUUGGGGGACCAUACUCUCGGGAAGAUGACUCCCCCUACUUCCGCCAGCCUGUGAAUCCACAACGCCAUCAGGCUCGGCAUCGAAGAGUGCGGCCCAGUGACUAUCGCGAGCUGUGA